AUGGGUGUCUCCAAUCUACUAUCAAAGUUCGGCAAGCCUGCCGUGGAACAGCAUGAGGACUCGCAGGCUACUACUCCUGCUCGUGCUGACUCGACGCUGGAGAAGGACACUGACCUCAUCGAUGACAGUCCCGUCAAGUAUCUGACAUGGCGGUCCUUCAUCCUUGGUAUUGUUGUCUCUAUGGGUGGUUUCGUUUUCGGUUACGCAACUGGUCAGAUCGCUGGUUUCACCACCAUGGAUGACUUCAAGACACGAUUCGCAGAGGUCCAGCCCGACGGAUCAUACAAGUUCAGCAACGUUCGCAACGGUCUUAUCGUCGGUCUUCUGUCUAUUGGUACCAUGAUUGGCGCUCUGGUCGCUGCUCCCAUCGCUGACCGCAUGGGACGCAAGCUCUCCAUCUCUUUCUGGUCUCUGAUCCACAUUGUCGGUAUCAUCAUUCAAAUGGCCACCGAGGACAAGUGGUACCAGGUUGCCCUCGGCCGUUGGGUGGCCGGUCUGGGUGUCGGUGCGCUGUCAAGCAUCGUUCCCAUGUAUCAGAGUGAAUCCGCUCCCCGUCAGGUCCGUGGUGCCAUGGUCAGUGCCUUCCAGCUGUUCGUGGCCUUCGGUAUCUUCAUCUCGUACUUGAUCAACUACGGUACUGAGACCAUUGAGUCGACCGCCUCCUGGCGUAUCACCAUGGGCAUUGGCUUUGCCUGGCCCCUGAUCCUCGGUAUUGGAACCCUCUUCCUGCCCGAGUCACCCCGCUUUGCCUACCGUCAUGGCCGCGUCGAUGAGGCUCGCAAGACCAUGUGCAAGCUAUAUGGCGUUGGCCCGAACCACCGUGUGGUUAUGCAGGAGAUGAAGGAGAUGAAGGACAAGCUGGACGAGGAGAGAGCGGCCGGCGUCGCCGCCUGGCACGAGAUCUUCACCGGUCCCCGCAUGUUCUACCGUACCGUUCUGGGCAUUGCCCUGCAGUCCCUGCAGCAGCUCACCGGUGCCAACUUCAUCUUCUACUACGGUAACAGUAUCUUCACCUCCACCGGUCUGAACAACAGCUACGUCACCCAGAUCAUCCUGGGCGCUGUCAACUUCGGUAUGACCUUGCCUGGUCUGUACGUUGUCGAGCACUUUGGCCGCCGGAACAGUCUGAUGGUCGGUGCUGGCUGGAUGUUCAUCUGUUUCAUGAUCUGGGCCUCCGUCGGCCACUUUGCUCUCGACCUGGCGGAUCCCUCCAACACUCCCCAGGCCGGUGCUGCCAUGAUCGUCUUCACCUGCUUCUUCAUCGUCGGCUUCGCCACCACCUGGGGUCCUAUCGUCUGGGCCAUUUGUGGUGAACUGUACCCCGCCCGCUACCGUGCCAUCUGCAUAGGUAUCGCAACCGCCUCCAACUGGACCUGGAACUUCCUCAUCUCCUUCUUCACCCCCUUCAUCUCCAGCUCCAUCGACUUUGCCUACGGCUACGUCUUCGCCGCCUGCUGCUUCGCUGCCGUCCUUGUCGUCUUCUUCUUUGUCAACGAGACCCAGGGCCGCACCCUCGAGGAGGUCGACACCAUGUACGUCCUACACGUCAAGCCCUGGCAGAGCAGCAGCUGGGUGCCCCCCGAGGGUAUCAUCCGGGAUUUGCACCCCGCUCCCGAGGAGAACAAGAAGCAGGAGGGUGAGGUUGAGCACAACGAGCCCACCGAGAUCCGGGAAUAA